CCUGCCCCGGUCGGCAGUCGGGGAGAGGGAGGGCGAGAAGAGCGCGCGCGCGUCCGGGAAACAGAGGUGCCAACGCAGAGCCGCUCCGCAGUGUAAGUAAACCAGCAACCUGUUUUCCAGGGAGGAGGGGGACGGGUUUGGACAUAAUAAAGCCCCUUCUUUCUUCUGGGUUGCUAUAACCCUGUCCUGAUCCUCGGCCGUUUAUGGUCAAAGAUGACCUGGGAAUUUCGACGCAGUAGGAACUUGUGUUUCGAAGAGUGUGCUUUUGCGUUGUGCUUUUGCGACCGUACUAGUGGGAAAUGUUUUGUGCAUCCCAUUUUACAGCUGGGAAGCUGAAACCAGGAACCCUUUGCACCGGGAUUAGGCUCUUCAUAAUAGUCUUCCGUGGCCUUCGUAGGUCCCUUUAAAUAGUGAAUGUCAGCUCAGCAUUCGCUCGGUGCACUGUUUUCUUUAGUGCUCGGGUUUUCCCGAUCCAAGCCCAUUUUUUGAAAUGUAGUCGUUCAUACUGUCUGGACUAACGUUUCCUAUCUGGACCCUUCCACACACCUUAUUUCCAGCCUAGGGAGCACCAGGUUGGGAAGGGUGGUAAAAAAAAAAAUCCUUUUGUCGCUCUUCUUGGUCUGGUUUCACCCCAGUUUGCUUGCUAAAAUGUGGUUGAUUCCUUUACUGGGCUCAGCUAAGCAAUGGAUGUACAUGUGCUUAAAAAAUAAUUCCCUACAAAAUGGACAUGAACUUAUUUUAAGCUGUAAAUGUGACAUGCACUAACUUGAAACUGCUGAACGUUUUUAACAUUGAAUUCUUGUAUCAGUCGAUUGGGAAUGGAUCUUAAGGUUGUAUUGGUUGGAAGGCAAACUUACACAAGUAUCUGUUUGUCUUCCAUGUUAGCAGUCACCACAUGUUCCCAUUACUAGUGUGGGAGAAGCUCAAGGGAAUAUAUUUGUCCUUGGAGAGGAAGGUGAAUCUGUGCUAGGAAAUCCCCUUUCCAAGUUUGCAGUGAGUGCAGGACCCUCCUCCCCUUGCUUGCAAUAUGAGAAUAGCAACUUUAGUCUACCUGAUAGGGCUGUUGCAAAGGUUAAGGUAGUCUAUGCUAGAAAGUGCUCUGAAUAUUCUUUCUCCAGCCUGUCCCCUUCCAGAUGCAAUGGAAUUUCAGCUUCCAAAGUUCCCAGCAAGUCCAUAGCAAUCCCAAAAUCUCUGGAGGGCACUUGCUUCAUUUCCUAAAGAUGCCUUAAACCACUGAAUUAAGAAAGAAUGUUUAUUUUUCACAAAUUAAAAGUAUGUUUAUAAUAUUUGUUUGGAAUUGGGGCAUUCAUCUUGUUUAUUUCUCUCUGUACAAGUGUCUUAUUGUUUUGAAUUGAGAUUAUUCUGGAUUUUCCUAUGCAGAAAUUAUAUUUGGCUGGUGCAGGGCAGGAGACAAGGGGCAAAGCCCCCCCCCCUUAAAAAAAACUGGCUUGUUCCCCAUUUCAAAUAAGAAACGGAGUCCGUUUGCUAAAAUAUACAGAGUGUAAUGAAAGCCCAGUAGACAAAGUCAGGCCCCAUAAACAAUUUAUUGUAAAAAUUAUAUUAAAUGUUUGAAUUGGUUGCCAUUUUCUUCUAAACACUUCUUACUCUUUUGACACAUGACCUUUGACCAUUCCCAAGUACUGUAACAUUUUCUCUGGAAAAAAAAAUAAAGCAUAUUGUGACUGGCCUAUGCAACCUGACUUUCACCCUGUAUGUUGCUGAUAACGUCACUGAAGGGAAGAAAAGACUGGAUCCAGACUGAAUCAUACUUCAGAAGAGGCUCAAUGAAGUCAGUGGGGCUUCAAGGUUUUUAAAGGAGGCUGUUGUGAAUAGGAAGGUUCCUUCUGAUUGUGGACUGGGAAGUGAUUUUAGUUGACAUGUCAGUUUUGGAUUCCUGUAGAAUAGGGGGAAGAGGACAGACAGUAAUGGAGUAUAUGAGUACCGGUAGUGAAAAUAAGGAAGAGAUUGACUUAUUGCUGACAGAUUUAAAUGUGUCUGAAGUAAUUGACAUCAUGGAGAACCUUUAUCCCAACGGUGACCUGACAGUUUACAAAGACAGCCUCAUCGCUCUGUGUCCAGAACAAAACAAAAAUGAAGAACGGACUGAAUCUUUGCUGUUCAGCCGAAGAGAAGUUUCUUUGCUGUCGUGCGUUAAGUAUGGGACUGUGGAAGACUUGCUUGCUUUCGCCAAUCAGGUGUCGAACACCGCAAAGCAGUUAUGCCGGCACAGGAGACAAGAGUCUGGGAUCAUUUUAAACAUGAUCAAACCUAAAAAUGGGCGCUAUAAGAUUGACUCGGACGUGCUGCUAUUUCCUUGGAAGCUAACGUACAGAAAUAUUGGGACUGACUUCAUUCCACGGGGAGCUUUUGGGAAAGUGUACUUGGCACAGGAUACAGAAACCAAAAAGCGGAUGGCUUGCAAGCUGGUCCCAGUGGAACAGUUCAAGCCAUCAGAUGUUGAAAUCCAAGCCUGCUUCCGUCAUGAAAAUAUUGCUGAACUUUAUGGAGCGAUCUUGUGGGAUGAGACAAUCCAUCUCUUCAUGGAGGCGGGAGAAGGAGGCUCUAUCCUAGAAAAGGUGGAAAGUUGUGGGCCUUUGAGAGAAUUUGAAAUCAUCUGGCUGACAAAACAUAUCCUCAAAGGACUUGAAUUUCUUCACUCAAAGGGAGUUAUUCAUCAGGAUAUCAAACCAAGCAACAUUGUUUUCAUGUCAACCAAAGCCGUUUUAGUGGAUUUUGGACUCAGCGUUCAAAUGACGGAAGAUAUUUAUUAUCCCAAAGAACUUCGAGGAACGGAGAUUUACAUGAGUCCGGAAGUGAUUCUCUGCCGGGGCCACAGUACGAAAGCUGACAUCUACAGCCUGGGAGCGACCAUCAUCCACAUGCAAACUGGCAUCCCCCCAUGGGUCAGUCGAUAUCCCCGGGCAGCUUAUCCCUCCUAUCUCUAUAUAAUCCAUAAGCAAGCUCCACCCCUUGAGGACAUUGCUGAGGACUGCAGUGCUAGUAUGAGGCGGUUACUGGAAGCUGCCCUUGAAAGGAACCCAAAUCAGAGACCUUCAGCUACAGAACUGCUCAAGCACGAAGCCUUGCACCCACCACGGGAGGAACAGCCUCGGUGUCAGAGUUUGGACUCAGCUCUCUUUGAACGAAAGAGGUUGCUGGAGAAGAAUGAGUUGGAACUAUCAGAGAAUAUUUCGGAUUCUUCAACCCUUGGGAUUACGGAGGAGUCGGAUCUGCUUAGGAGACAACGCUCAUUAUAUAUAGACUUUGGAGCAUUAGCUGGCUACUUUAACAUUGUCCGGGGCCCAACAACACUGGACUAUGAAUAGAUUUGGGAGUCUCUUGUGUUGAACUGAAGAGGGGUAAUGUGUGUAGAGGGAUGGGAGAGAGAAAGAAGCACGAGAGCAUUAAUUGGCUGUGCUUGGAUUCCUUGAACUCUAACAGUGUUUAAUGAACAUUCUGGAGAAGUUCCAUUGCUACUUCUAACCACCACCUGCUCCUGGUAAUGUGUUUUUUAAUACAGCUGUACUGACAGUGAAUCCUCUGCGUGGAUUCUAUCAUCUGGCUUACCUAAAAAGAUCUGAAAUUUUGUAACCUGGAAUUCAACUCCUACUUGCCCAUUGUCAUCUUACGAAGUUUUGCUUGGAUGAAGGGGUGGUGGAACAAAGGAAUAUCUUUAUGCAACCGCCCACUAGUUUUGCUGAUGGCUUGCUUUGGUUAUGAAGAGAGACAAACAGCUCCUUUUUAAAUAACAUUCUGGGGCUUCUCUCAUGUUCCUUAUCAUACUUCCUAACUCUCAGUGCUGCUGCAGUGAUCUCCUUUCUUUCAGGCUGAGAGCUUGGCAAAGUUAAGAAUUCUGUACAUAAGCUAAGAACGUUUCCAAGAAAACCUUAUAGAAUUCAGGGUCACCUAGUUUCCUAAUUAAUGUGUAUUAGUUUAUUAUGUCUACUGGCUUUGAAGGAAAAAAAAACCCUAUUGUGACUUCGGCUGCAUCUCCUGUUUAAAGUUUUUAGGUGUGAAGCUGCUAGACAGGGAAUUGUCAAAAUGCCUGCUCCCCAUGCUGGCUGCAAGGUUGCAAUAUUUUCCAUCAUGUAGUUCUUUGGCACAAAUGGGAACUAUGCCAGAUCCUGAGAUAAACUCUGUCAUGUGAAUUUAAAUUAACAUAAAGACUUAGUAACUGUAAUCAUAGGCUAUUUGAAUGCUAACAUAUUGUAUAAUGUCUGAUGACUCAUGAAGGUGAGCUUAAUUUAUGGCUGUGGGACUAUGUGUUGUUAAAAAUAGACAUGUAGUUAGGUUAUUUUAUGUUCCUAUGGAAAGAAAGCCUCUCCUUUUGCUCUUGAAGAUGUUGAGUACAUUUAAAACAUAGUGUUUUGAAUGGUAGUAAAACUGGUUCAAGAACAUAGCUUUGUACAUCCUAUGGGAUGACUAUAUCAACUUUUAUAAAACUGUUCAGUAGUUUAUGAAGCAUUUUUUAAAAAGUAACAUACUAUGUAUGUUAUAAAUAGAAUAAUUAAUGAAAUCAUGGUUUAGAUUUUAUAUUUAAACGUAUUUGUAUGCACAAUGCAUUUGUAUUAAUUUCUUGAAGUCUUGAAUCCUGAAUCAGCUAUUUAAAAAAAUAAA